AUGAAAACUUCCGAUUCUGCAAAGGCGGGGGUUAAUGGCCCUGGAGACCGCAAGCAACUAGAGUCAGUGAAGGCAGUCGCUCACGACGUCCGAGGGAUCACUUGCCCCAUUUACCGCAAACCCAUAUCGCACAAUACUAUUGCUGAGUUGGCAGAAGGUUACCGCAUAUUGAGUAGCGGUCAAAAAACAGUUUCUAUUGCAAAAAAAGAUAUGUUUGCACUUAUGCAAAAUGUUGGAUUACACAUGACCGAAGAAGAAUUCGCUGAAGUAAUGCGGGUAAUUGGACAGGGUGAUAAUCAAAACGCAGAUGAGUUUAACUUUACGGAUUUUUUGCUUUUAAUGACAUGUGAAGUGAAUGAUACCAUGGCAGAAGAACUCCGUAGUGCUUUUCUUAACUACGAUAAACAGAAGACUGGAUUUGUCACACGAAAGCAAUUCACGGAGAUGUUCGCCACACUUGGUGAACGAUCAUCACCGGAGGAACUAGAAGAACUCUUGUCCAUUGCUGAACAAGAUGAUACAGAGCAGAAGAUUGAUUACAAUAAAUUUGUAAAUGAAUUGAUUAUACGGCUCAACUGCAUGUAA